AACAGUUUGGUUAUAUUAGUUACUAUUAGCUAGUCCUGUAGCUACGUACUGAUCAAAUAUGGCCAGUAGUACUGAAUUAGGUGAUCAUGAUCAUGAUGAAUACUUGAUCAGUAAAGUUUCAAUCACCGAAACCGUACUGGUGUCUUCUGCACCAGUUUUGCAGCAGCCUCCAAAAGUUGUCAGCCUCUCAAACUUGGAUCGCCAGUGUCCACUUCUUAUGUACUUGGUUUUCUUUUACAAAUAUCCCACCACCUCCUCUGUUGAUCAUAAUCGAAUUUGGUCGCUUGAUUCAGUUUUUCAAAGCUUGAAGUCAGGCUUGGAAGAGACUUUAUCCAUCUGGUACCCGGCGGGAGGUAGAUUGAUCAUGACCAGCUCCACCGACGACGACAAAUCGCUUGGCGGUCUUAACUUGUUGUGCAACAACAAAGGUGCUGUUCUUGCCAAGGCAGCCACUGUGGUUAAGAUAUCAGAGCUUGGAGACCUCUCUCAAUACAAUGACUUCUUCGGAAACUUGGUUUACAAGCCUCCUCCUCCUGUGCUUGAUGAACAACAUGAAGAUCAUUUCUCUCAGAUGCCUUUAGUUGCUGCUCAGGUGACCAAGUUUGGAUGCGGAGGCUACUCAAUUGGCAUUGGCAUCAGCCACUCGUUGUUUGAUGGACCAGCUGCAUAUGAGUUUAUGUGUGCAUGGGCUUCUAAUUCUGCUAUCAAACCAAAUCAAAACAAAUUAGACGUCAUAAUGGAUGAUGAGCUGCAGCCUAAACCAGUAGAACUAGUGCACGAUAGAGACGCACUGUUGAUGAUGGUUGACAAUUAUUCAUGUCAUGAUGACGAUAACGAUGACGAUGAAGGGGUUAGCUGUAGGGCUGCUGCCAUAGAUCAUUUAUAUCAACUGAUAAUGAAAUCAGCAGCAGCAGUUGCAUCCACUGAUCUCCUGAUGAUCAAGAGUAGCAAUGAUGAUAAUAAUUAUGUUCACAAGACCUUUCAUUUGAGCAGUGCAUUCCUCAACUGUUUGAAGAAGCAGGUUGUUGGUGACAACUUUUCAUGUUCCUCCUUUGAACUUGUAGCAGCUCACCUCUGGAAGGCGAAGACUUUGGCUUUAGGAUUGACCAUGGAAACAAUGGUGUGCUUGCAAUUUUCUGUGGACGCGAGGAACAAGGUGGACCCUCCACUUCCUCAAGGUUUCACCGGCAACGCUUACGUCCUGGCCUCUGUUGCGCUCACUGUCUCACAGGUUGUUGACCAAUCCGACCACAAAGCCAUUGUUGACAAGAUAAGGGAAGCCAAGAAGUCUGUGACAAACAAGUACGUCAAGUCGUACAUGGAGGCGGUUGCAGGUGGUGGAUCCCAGCAGGCUUCUCUACCUCCUCUCAAGGAGCUCACCUUAGUGUCUGAUUGGACCAGAAUGCCCUUCCACAAGGUUGACUUCUUACAAGGAGAAGCAGAUUAUGCUUCUCCGUUGGUCGCACCAGUGCCAGAGGUUAUUUAUUUCAUGCAGAAUCCAAAGGAUGACAAGGGCAUUGACAUGAGAAUUGGAUUGCUUCCGCAACACCUCGAUGCCUUCACUCGCUAUUUCCUCACCAAUACCAACUGAAAUCUUCCGGUACUGUUAAAAGUUUGAAGUGAAACUCACAGUUGGACAUUGUUAAUCAUGAGAAUUCAGUUGGUUUGGCCUUUGAAGGAAGUGGUUGGUUUGGUACUAAUGUGGUCCGUGAAAAGAUUAUUAAUGGGAUUGUGUUUAAUGAUUGUGAUU